AUGGAUAAGUGGCUAAUAAAAACAAAACCGCAAACAAAUAAUAUAUCCCUAUCCGUUACUUCCACUACAGAAGCAGUGACCAAUAAAACUGACGUAGUAUUAGAGGAUAGUGAGAGUGAGAGUGAAGAUAAUUAUAGUGAUGACCAUACCCAAGAACAGGAAGAGGAACAAGAUAAUUGCAACCUUGCCCCAAAAAGUAAGAAACCAUGGAACCCAAAAAUCAAACCUGCUGAUGUAAUCAAGGAAUUUUCCUGGUUAGACGAUACACUGGAUUAUCCAUUUUGUAAAAUUUGUCUCACAAAAAUAAGUGGGGGAAAGUUUCAUUUGAAAAGGCAUGAAAGUAAAUCUACACAUACCAGACGAGCUCGAGUUGCAAAAAUGACUCCAUUGGUUGAAAUGUAUUUACAAAAGAAAGAUGUGAAAUCGCUUCUCAUAAAAAAGGCAGAAUUAAAAAUGGCUGCAUUUUUGUGCGUUCAUAAUCUGCCGUUCCUAUUACUAGAUUAUUUGCCUUCAUUGCAAAAAAAUAUAUUUCCGGAUUCAGAAAUAUGCAAGAGUGUGCAAAUAAAACGUAAAAAAGCAACUCAACUUGUAGUUGGUACUUUGGCCCCUCAUUUUCAAAAGGAACUAAUUCAAGAUUUAAAAAAUAAUGUUUUUUCUGUAAUUAUUGAUGAAAUGACAGAUAUAAGCAUUGAAAAAUCAUUAAUUCUAAUUGUACGAUACUGGAAAAAUGGUUGUGUAAAAGAUAGAAUUUUAGAUUUAAUAAAGGUGGAAGAUGGAACAUCAGAGGCAUUAUUUACAUCAAUUAUCAAACUAUUUCAUGAGCAUGAGAUUCCAUAUUAUAAUAUUAUUGCAUUUGCAUCUGAUGGCGCCAGUACGAUGAUGGGUAGAGUAUCUGGAGUGCAAGCAAAAUUUAAGGAGGUUGCUCCAAACAUCUAUGUUCAAGUAUGCUUGUGUCACGCAUUACAUUUAUGCUCAUCUUCCGCAACAAAAAAAUUACCAGAUGUUAUAGAGCAGUUUGUGAGGGAUAUAUACUCCUACUUUGCACAUAGUAGUAAAAGGUUGUCUGAAUUAGCAGAAUGUCAGGUUUUUGCUGAAGAAAGACCUCACAAAAUGUUGUAUGCUAGCCAGACAAGAUGGUUAUCUAUAAAGGCGGUGGCUGAUAGGAUAUUGGAUCACUGGAACUCUCUAAUAUUAUUUUUUCAACGUGCUGUACUAGAAGACAAUCUCCCUAAUGCCAGGUCAAUUCUUAAUGCUCUAAGGAAUCCAGUUUAUAAACUCUAUAUCCUUUUUCUUUCAUAUGUUUUAGACCUCAUAGUAAAGGUUAAUUUAGAGAUGCAGUCAGAGACUUCAAAGUUUCCUAUACUGCUAGAAAGAAUGACUUUGUUUUACAAUGUUGUAAUGAAGAACUACAUCAAACGUGAAACAUUAAAGAGUACUUCGUUACACUUAAUUAAUGUGAGCCAUCCACAUAAUUAUUUAGAUUUGAAAUCCAUAUAUUGUGGAGCAAAAACAGAAGCUUUCUUACAGGUUGAAUCUGAGAAAGGGUCAGUUUCUGAAAAAGAUGCUGAAAGUUUUCUGAAGCACGUUUUAGCUUUUUAUGUUGAAUUAAGUACCCAAAUUAAAAAUCGAUUUAAUUUCAGUGAUAAGUAUUUAAUAUUUGCAUCAAAUUUUGCUCCUACUGUUGUAAAAUCACAGAAAAUCCGGUCAAUAGCUACAUUUGUAAAUUUAUUUCCACAAGUGCAAUGUAAUAUAGAAGAUGUUAAUACAGAAUGGCAGAUAUUAAAUGAACAAGACUUGACAAAUUUUAGUAAUGACAUUGCUGAAUUUUGGUGUGCAGUAUUUAAAUUAAAAAAUACCUUGAACGAACCAAUGUUUCCAAAUUUGUCAAAGGUUGUUCAAGUAAUAUUAACAUUACCCCACUCAUCAGCAGCGGCGGAAAGGGGCUUUUCUCAGUUGUCAUUAAAUAAAAGUAAAUUCCGUAAUCGUUUGCACAUAAAAACAUGUGCAGCUAUAUUAAUUGUAAAAGACUAUAUUAAAAAUUGUACAAACAAUGUUAACGACUGGGAACCUCCUCUUGCUUGUUCAAAUUACAAUGAAUCAACACUCAGUUCAGUAUCAGAUGAGCACUGA